AUGGAUAUAUCUGAGAAGAGUAAUAAGAUUAAUUGCAAGAAUGAAUGCUCUAAAUAUGUAUGUGGAACACUAUAUGAACUGAUUAAAGAUUUGAAUAGCUAUAAUCUACAAUGUUAUAUUAACAAUGAGAAGAAUAUAAAUUUAUAUGAAGAUUUUAAAUAUAAGAAGAAGAAAAAAAUAGAAUUUAUGUCCAUUGUAGAUUAUUAUGGUGGAUUAAAAAAUAACGAAUAUGAGUUUUUUAUUAUUCCUAUUAUAUUUAAUAAACAUAAUGAAAUAUUAUAUAUGGGUGUAUCCAUAUUUUUUAAAAAUGAAUUUUUUAAAGAAUAUAAAAUCAAUAAUUAUAAUUACAUAGAACUAUUUAUAUAUAAUGUACAGAAAGAAAAACCAAAUAAUAAUUUUUAUCCUCAUAUGGAUAUUAAUCAAGACACAACAAAAAAAAAUGCUUUUUUAAAUUUUCUUGUAAAUAUAGAUGAUUUAAAUAAAUAUCAUAGACAAACAAAUAAUCAUCUUGAAAGAAACAAAAAUACAUGUACUGAUAAAAAUAUUUAUGAUAGUCAUGGUCAUCAUUAUUGUAGUGAUGUGUAUAAUAUGUGUAAUAAAAAUGUAUAUAGUCAUGAUAAUAUAAUAAAUAUAUGUGAUAAAAAUGUUUGUGACAAAAAUGUAUGUGAUAAAAAUGUUUGUGACAAAAAUGUAUGUGAUAAAAAUAUAUGUGACAAAAAUGUUUGUGAUAAAAAUGUAUGUGAUAAAAAUGUUUGUGAUAAAAAUAUAUGUGACAAACAUAAUAUUAACAAUCUGGUGCCCAAUAUGAAUAUUAAAUGUAAAUAUAAUCUUUCUAAUUAUCUACAUAGCGAAAAAAUAAGUGGGGAUUAUAAAAAGAUACAGUGCCCUUUAAUAAUUGAUGAUCAUUAUAUUUUAUGUAGUGACGGGGUGGUGAAACUAAAGAAUGAAGAAAAUGAUCAAUCUGUUAAUGAUAAAAAGAAAAUACCACUUUCAUCGAUCUAUGAGACAUAUACUCAUAGUAGCAUACAAGCAACAACAAGAAAGAACGAGAUCCAAAAUAAUAAUCAUAAUAAUGAUAAUAUUUCUAAGGGUCAUACUAAUACAGAUAAUCACCAUAAUAUGUGGAAACAAGAAGCCAUUAAUAAAUGUCAAAAUUAUAAGUAUUCAUAUACAGAAAAUGAAAUAAAUAAGGUUUAUAAAAAUAUUGAUAAUAAAGAAAAUUAUAAGAAAGAUGAUAGUUGUUCUGGGCCUUCCUUAGUCAAAUAUAAUGAGAAGAUUUAUCAUAAAAAUAUUUCUAUACAAAGAAAGGAAAUCACAAUAGACACGUUGAAAAGGACAAAAAUGGAAGAUAAUAAAAAUAUUAAUGAUGAUGAUAAUAAAAAUAUUAAUGAUGAUGAUAAUAAAAAUAUUAAUGAUGAUGAUAAUAAAAAUAUUAAUGAUGAUGAUAAUAAAAAUAUUAAUGAUGAUAAUAAUAAAAAUAUUAAUGAUGCCAAUUCUAUAAACACCCAUUGCUCAUAUAAAUACAGUGCUACAUAUUCUAACGAGAAGGUGGAAUACAACAAUGUUAUAAGUGAAGAAAUAAAAAUAAAAAGCCCAAAAAAAGAUGAGGAAAAUAUAAAGAUAAAUAAUAUGUUCAAAUGUGGUUUUUAUAGCUUUAAAGGAAAUAGGACAUAUAAUGAAGAUAGAGUUAUUAUUAUUGAAAAUAUGAAUAAUUUUUUAAAAGAAGAAUAUGAUACAUUAAUAAAAAAAGCUCCAAAUGAAUAUGAAUUAAUUGAUAAAGAAUAUAUGAAUAUAAUUCAUAAUAUAAAAGAUAUGGAAACACCAUCUUAUAUAUAUUGUGCUAUAUAUGAUGGUCAUAAUGGAGAUAAUGCAGUAAAUAUUGUUCAAAAAAUAUUGCAUAUAUAUAUGUAUUAUUAUUUUAUAAAUGGAAGUGGUUUAGAGAAUUCUUUAAAAUAUUCUUUUCAAGAAACAGAUAAUUAUAUAUGUAAAAAUAUUAUAAAUAUAAAAGAAGAUAAUCAUUCCAAUUAUUCUAGUGGCACCACAGCAUGUGUGAGUGUUAUAUUUAAAAACAUGUUGUAUGUUGCUAAUAUUGGUGACAGUAGAUGUAUUAUAAGUAAAAAUGGAAGAGCUAUUGUUCUUACAGUAGAUCAUCGAGCUAGCAUUAAUAAAAAAGAACAAGAAAGAAUUAUAAAUUCGGGAGGAAUUUUAGAUGAUGAAGGAUAUUUGGGUGGGUGUUUAGGAGUCUGUCGAGGAUUCGGUUCCUUUCAUAAAAAAACAAAAGAAAAAUUAAAAGGUCUAAUAUGUGAACCUGAUUUGUUUCAUAUAAAAUUAACAGAUGAUGAUGAAUUCUUAAUUAUUUGUUGUGAUGGUAUUUUUGAUGUUAUAACAUCACAAGAAGCUGUUAAUACAGUCAAAAAUUCUCUAAUACAAUCAAGAGAUGCUAAUACAGCUGCAGAAGCUUUAUGUCAACUCGCUUAUAAAAAAAAAUCAUUGGAUAAUUUAUCAGUCCUUGUAGUUAUAUUUCAAAAUCCUCAAAUGAAUAAAAAAGUCUCUUCAAUAAAUGAAUCAUCUGGAAUCUACUCAGGCCAAGCUGGACGCGUUCGUCGAAGAAUCAAGUUUUCUGCUUUGAAGGAUUUAAUAAAUCAAUAA